GAUCAACAACUUGCAAGUCAAAACAAUCUCUGGAGAGCAGCAGCAUAGAGGGAUCCCUUUCUGCACCACGGCCGCACCCGAAGACGGACACACUGCUGUUUCGGUCAGAUUGUAAUUGAGGCACAAAGAUGAUCGGUAAGAUUCUUUCUCAUCUGCUGUGGAACACCGAUGAGGACUUUGAGGCAGCAGAUGAUACUUUCGAAGAACUGAUGGAGUUUGAGGAGGGAGAAUGGGUCAUUGUCAAUCUCCCAGAGAACGGGCCUCUACCACUGACGACCUCUGAGGUGGAUCCCCUGGAGAACCUGCUGAUCGAGCACCCCAGCAUGUCCGUCUACCAGAUGAGAUGCAUGACGGGGGGAGUGGAGGAGGAGCUGGGCUCCGAUGAAGACGAAGAAGAGGACACCUCUAGGCCGGUGGCAGUGAGGAGGCACGUGUCUUGGCGUCUGGCUGCCUGGGGUAUCCCGCUGCCCUGCAACGUCCAGCUGCUGGCGGUCCAGAGGGCCAGGACCCAGGCCGAGCGGAAGAAACUGAGCCGCAGUGCCCUCCACAGGCAGAACCUGGCCAAGAUGCGUUUCUCCCCGGCAGAGAGACACUACGGCCACUUCAAGAAGCCCUGCCAGCGCCUCUGCAACUACUGAAACAGAAGCGACAGAGCUGCUUGCGAGUGAGCGUGUGUUUCAAGUCUCAGCGCGG